CGUAGCUAAAUAGGUUAGACGCGUGUACUUGAAGAAGCUGUCAGAUGGAUUUUGACAACUUAACUGUACUUUUUAAGUUUUUUUUUUCAUUCAAAUUGAUUUCAGGUUUGAGUCUGAAUCCAUUUUUCCGUACGCAAUUCUUCUGAUAUUGAUCUUUCAGUUGCAUUUAUUUUUGCUAUUGCAUAGCAUACCGGUAACAAUAAAGUAUUAAAUGAUAUGUAAAAUAAUUUUGUAGAAUUGUAUUUAUUGGGAGAUACAAAUCUUGAAAAGUGAAGGAAUUUUAUCAAACAUUUUUAAAUGUCAUAAUAAAUUAAUAUGGUUAUGUUUGAAUAAACAGAAUCUUAAUCAAUCUAUAGAGUACGUAAAAUUGAACACAGCUGUCAAAAACUGUGAAGACGAUACAAAUACUCAUUCGUCUUCGUUUCUACGUUUAAAUUUUUGUUUCUACAUUCAACUUUGACCGAAAUGUCAUCAGCAUUAUAUAGCAACAAUAAUCCUGGGAUGCAUUCUAAAAUUCCUUCAAAAGAAGACAGCAGUUUCAACGCAGAGAGAGAUCUUGAUGCUUUAUUAACUCAUCUCAGUCCAGAUAAAGGUAAUGAAGAUGUUGUUAUAUCAUUGGUAACGUCAAGAACCGUGGCGCAACGACAGGCGAUUGUCACAGAAUAUGAAGACAUGAACGGGGAGAGUAUUGUAGCCAAACUCAGACGCGAUCGAAGGUUCGGCUUUCCCCGAUUGAUGAUUGCUUUGUUCAUGUCACCCAGAGAAUAUGAUGCACAGACGGUUAGAAGCGCCUUACACACCUCUGCAACAGACGAAAAGACAUUAUUGGAAAUAUUUCUCACCCGCACAAACCGUGAAAUUCAAACGAUGAAAGAAAUUUACUUUGAUAAAUACAAUCACGAACUUGAAAGUGAUUUGAGAAGAAAAACAACUGGAUAUUUCCGGGCAGUGAUUACAAAACUCGCACUGCCUUCCAGAAUGCAGAAUGCUGUUCCAUCUACCGAAAGAGCAAAACAAGAUGCCGAAGAUUUAUCGAAAGCUCUCGAAAAGAAAUCAAAAAAAUCCGUUUUUGUCCAUCUUUUCUGCUAUUCCAGCUAUUUCCACUUGCUUGAUGUCUUUGAUGCAUAUGAAAUUCAAAAUGGAAAAUCUAUUGAGAAAGUUAUCGAAAAAGAAUUUAAAGGGCAUUUGCACGACAGUCUAAAAGCAAUCGCGUCAAUUACUCGGUCGCCUGCAACGUAUUUUGCGCAACGUCUGUACGAGUCUAUGAUUGGUGAAGGACACAAUAUGGAUAUGCUUGUUCGUAUCGUAGUCACACGUUGUGAGGUCGAUAUGCCAGAAAUCAAAGAUGUCUUUCUAAAAACUUAUGGAGUUACUCUGAAACAAUUUAUUGAAGAUGAAACGACGUCAACCUACAGACAGUUACUUUUAGCUUUGAUAGACUGAAAAAAGCUUCUUUUUUAAAAUUUGUAGGUUAAGUUAGCAAAGUUUUAUUCAAUCUUUCCCUAAUAUAUCUGUAUCUAUAUUUUGAAGUUUCAAAAUAAUGUUUGAUUUUUGUUGAAAACUGGUUAUAAUUUUUUAAACAGAAUAAGUUAAGACAAAGAGUCUAAUUUAAAAUUACAUUCUAACAAUGUUGACGAACCCUUGUUUAUCUAGGUAACAGAGAAAUUUACAUACGAAUUUCAUUGUUAACGUUGUUGAAGUAUAUUUUAAUGUGUUUUUUUUGGGGGAUUUUAUCUUGUAAAAUAUUAAUGUUUGAACUGUUUUAUCAUGCAAAGAUAGUUUUGUAUAUAUAAACUGGAAUAUAGUUAAUUUUUAAAAUUAUAUUUAUUAGGAAAUAGUGCUGAAAUUAUGUUACUAAUUACAAUUAACGUCUCAGCAUAAACAUCAUUACUUUACAUGUAAAUGCAUUGCAUAGAUCUUUAAGUAUUUUCGUCUUCAAUUUAUCAACUUUAUACGGAUUACCUAUUUGAUGUUACCAUUUUGGAGUAAAACUGUGAAUUAAUUAUCUUUUUUUGCUUCGACGAAAAAUUUCUUUUUAACCGAAACGCUUUGUUUUACCUCACGAUAAUUUGUAUAUUUGAAAAAAAUAAAAGAUUUAUCGAUUACACAUGCCUAUUUACAAUUUAACCAAAAAUAUAGCACAAAGUCAAUCAUCUGACAAAUUGUCAACGGCCUCCGUCAAUAUACUGGGUACGGCAGUCCAAUAUUCCAGCCGAAUAAACACCAGUCGCAAAGUUAUAGAUGAGCCAAACCUAUAGUCUACUUAAACCUAUCAGCACAUAUUAGGGGCGA